CUUGGCGCAGGGUAUCUUCUAGUUGCACAUGCUCAACUAAAACACUUUCCAUUCGUUUGUUUUGGCUUCGUUUUGAAAUUUCAUUUAUCAGGGCCAUAAAACGUUACUUACCACGGCACCUCCCACCUGCUGACCCGUCUGCUAACUGGACCCCAUUGCCAUCCCGUGUCAACAGGCAAUUAUUAUAAAAGCCUGAGGGUUGAGUGCUCUGGCUGGGCUCGGCUCUCGGCUCUCGGCCGGGUCUCUGGACGCGCUGGGCCCAGGUAUGGGCCACGUCUACAAUUACGAGUAUGCUAAAUGCCAGGCGACUGAAAAAUGUGGCUUUAAAUUGCAUGAAAUCAUCGCAUCGCAUUCCGCAACUAAUGAAAUUAGCGAUACGACUUGCCCCCCAGCCAAACGAGCAGGAUCUGAAGGGGACUUGUCGUUGUUGUCCCCAGUUUUGUGGGCGGUCGCAUCGGAUUUGCUUUUUCUGUCAACAAUUACAAAAUUCACAGUAUGACAGUUUUUCGUGUCGCAAAUUGGACAUUAACGAUUGUUACAGCGCUAUUCGAAUUGAUCGCUAUCUAUUUUAUUGCCGAGCUGCUUAACUCGCACUGUGUCCGGGGGGGCGAGUAUGGUGUAUCCUUAUGGUUCCUCGCAUAUUUUUUACCAGGCAUUACCCUACAUACGGUAUUUUUGGCGAUAUAUCGAAUAUUCUGUAGCAGUCUGGGCUUGGACCCAAUUGUGCUCCAUAAUAUUUAAUUUGACUGGCGGAGUUUUGCU